UGACGAAUCGCGUGAAAGAAGAAGCGUAGAGCAGUAGGUGCACAUCGGUGCACGUACGAGACGAGGUGACGGCACGCUUGUAAACCGACAACGCGCCGCAAUCAUCAAGCCCCCGAGCCUUUUUCAUGUCGUAUUUUCGUACCGUUUGCCAACGGUGAGCGUCUCUAUCGGUCGGCGAGCGAGCUCUCGGAUCGAUCUCGCGAUCGUGUGCGUGUGCGUUUCUCUCGGGCGUCUGGUAGUUCGUCAGGAGGAUACCGGAGGAUAUGGCAUCCGACGAGGAGGUGGACGAGAGCUACGCGGGGGAAGAUGACAUAGAUGAAACUGGAGGUCAAGUUUCGAAUGUUAACCAACAAGUGGAUGGUUCAUCCGAUGCAGAAGAAUCUCAAAGACUAGAAGAAGAUGAUGAUUACGAACCAGAGGAGAGAAAGAAGAAAAAAGGAAAGAAACGGAAAGCUCGUAGUGAGGAUAAGAAGGGGAAGAAAAAAAAGAAAAAGAAAAAAUCUGAUUCUGGAGAUGAAAGUGAUUUUGGAGCAGCUGGAGAAACUGGUGAUGUAGCUGGAGAUGAUAGCGACUAUGCUGGAAAUAGAAAAAGUAGGAAAUCCUCUUCCAGAAAGUCAUCUAGUCACAAUCCACCAGCCCCUUCUAGCCAGGAACCCACGACAGGAAUGCCCACAAUCGAGGAAGUCUGUAACACUUUUGGAUUGACCGAUGUACAAAUUGAAUAUACCGAUGCAGACUUUCAGAAUUUAACUACUUACAAAUUGUUCCAACAACACGUCAGGCCACUUCUCGCAAAGGAGAAUCCAAAAGUUCCAAUGUCGAAGCUUAUGAUGCUAGUGGCUGCCAAAUGGCGUGAUUUUUCCGAGCUAAAUCCUCACACGCAGCCGGACGCGGACGUAUCUUCUGCGAAUGUGGAUGAGGACAGCAGAAACGCGAGGGCAAAUCGCAGUGGCGCAGUUCAGGAAGGUGAAGAUGAGGAAGAUGACGACGAGGACAGCGAUAGAAAGCGGAAAUCACGAGGAUCCAGGGCAAAGAAGGGGAAGAAAGCUUCCAAAGUACCGACGCUCAAGAUCAAGCUUGGUAAACGCAAACGGGGAAGUUCAGACGAGGAAGCAGAAGGUAGUGGCGUUGGUACCGAUAGAGAUUCGGACAUGGAAUUCGAACAGAUGCUGGCAGACGCGGAGGAACCUACUGGCGUAGACGGGACGAACAAAGGAAACGCGGAGGAAAGCGGUGUUGAACCACCGGCAGAACCGCCCGUUCGCAGGAAGGCAAAGACCAAAAUCGGAAAUAAGACCAAGAAAAAGAAAAAGACAAAGACCACAUCGAAGUUCCCAGAUGGGGAGGAAGGUCUUCAGACUGAUCAUCAAGAUUAUUGCGAAGUGUGCCAACAAGGUGGAGAAAUUAUCUUGUGUGAUACAUGCCCUAGAGCUUAUCACUUGGUAUGUUUAGAACCCGAACUGGAAGAGACUCCGGAAGGAAAAUGGAGUUGUCCUCAUUGCGAAGGAGAAGGUAUUGCAGGUGCCGCUGAGGACGAUGAUGAGCACAUGGAGUUUUGCAGAAUAUGCAAGGACGGUGGUGAAUUGCUGUGCUGUGAUAGCUGUACUAGCGCAUACCACACGCACUGUUUAAAUCCACCGCUUUCGGAGAUUCCUGACGGUGACUGGAAGUGUCCCAGAUGUUCUUGUCCACCGAUACGUGGAAAAGUUGCCAAGAUUUUAACAUGGAGGUGGAAGGAAUGCCCAGAAACACCUUCGGAAGAGCCGUCAACGAGUAAGGCUGCUCCAAAGCAACGCAGAAUGCGUGAAUUCUUUGUGAAAUGGGCAGACAUGUCUUAUUGGCAUUGUGACUGGAUUACAGAACUACAGCUUGAUGUUUUUCACCCUCUUAUGUUCAGAAAUUAUUCACGAAAGUAUGAUAUGGAUGAACCACCGAAGUUGGAGGAGCCGUUGGACGAAAGUGAUUCACGUGUGAAACGUUUGAAAGAACAGGACGGUGCAACAAAUCGGGAUGAAUAUAACUUGGAAGAACGAUUCUAUCGUUACGGAGUUCGGCCAGAAUGGCUUGUGGUGCAUCGUGUAAUUAACCACAGGCUUUCUAGAGAUGGCAGAGCAACGUAUCUUGUUAAAUGGAGAGAAUUGGGAUACGACCAGGCAACUUGGGAGGACGAACAUGAGGAUAUUCCCGGAUUAAAACAAGCUAUCGAAUAUUAUCUGGAUCUCAGAGCUGCAAACUGUUGCGAUGGUAGUUCCUCCCGCAAGGGCAAGAAGGGUGAGAAGAGUAAAGGCAAGAAAUCGAAGACCCGCGAACUCAUCGACGACGAAGAAAGAACACCAAAGAGGUAUACACCUCCGCCUGACAAGCCUACAACGGAUCUGAAGAAAAAGUACGAACGCCAGCCAGAGUAUUUGGAUCAGACUGGGAUGCAAUUACAUCCUUAUCAGUUAGAAGGCUUGAAUUGGUUAAGAUAUUCGUGGGGCCAAGGCAUAGACACUAUUUUAGCAGAUGAGAUGGGUUUGGGAAAAACCAUUCAAACUAUCACUUUCCUCUAUUCGUUGUACAAAGAAGGUCACUGCAAGGGACCGUUUCUCGUUUCUGUUCCUCUAUCAACUAUCAUUAACUGGGAACGUGAGUUUGAAACCUGGGCACCUGAUUUUUACUGCGUUACUUAUGUUGGUGACAAGGAUAGUCGUAUUGUAAUUCGUGAGAACGAAUUGUCUUUUGAAGAAGGUGCUGUACGUGGUGGCCGAGCAUCGAAGAUCCGAUCAAAUCAAAUUAAAUUCAAUGUGCUCCUCACGAGUUACGAACUGAUUUCAAUUGAUUCUGCGUGCUUAGGAUCGAUAGAUUGGGCCGUAUUAGUAGUAGACGAAGCGCAUAGGCUGAAGUCGAACCAAUCGAAAUUUUUUAGACUACUAGCGUCUUAUAAUAUUGCUUACAAAUUAUUGUUAACUGGAACUCCUCUGCAAAAUAACUUGGAGGAACUGUUUCAUCUUUUGAAUUUCCUGUGCCGCGAUAAAUUCAACGAUCUGGCGGCGUUCCAAAAUGAAUUUGCCGAUAUUUCGAAAGAAGAACAGGUGAAGAAAUUGCACGAAUUACUCGGACCACACAUGUUGAGAAGAUUAAAGGCCGACGUACUAAAGAACAUGCCGAGCAAAUCAGAAUUCAUCGUUCGCGUCGAAUUAUCGCCCAUGCAAAAGAAAUAUUACAAAUACAUAUUAACGAGAAAUUUCGAGGCGUUGAACCCGAAGGGUGGUGGUCAACAAGUCUCGCUGUUGAAUAUCAUGAUGGACCUUAAAAAAUGCUGCAAUCAUCCAUACUUGUUCCCAGCCGCGUCCCAAGAGGCACCAACCGCACCAAAUGGAAGCUACGAAACAUCCGCGUUGAUCAAAGCAGCAGGAAAAUUGGUCUUACUGAGCAAGAUGUUAAAGAAACUAAGGGAUGACGGACACAGGGUCUUAAUUUUCUCUCAAAUGACAAAAAUGUUGGAUAUCCUUGAAGAUUACUUGGAAGGAGAGGGUUACAAAUAUGAGAGAAUAGACGGUAAUAUCACUGGUGCUCAAAGACAGGAAGCUAUCGACAGAUUUAACGCGCCUGGAGCGCAACAAUUUGUUUUUCUACUUUCUACUCGAGCCGGCGGUUUGGGUAUAAACCUGGCCACCGCUGACACUGUGAUCAUCUACGAUUCCGAUUGGAAUCCUCAUAACGACAUUCAGGCAUUCAGCAGAGCGCACAGAAUUGGCCAAGCUAAUAAAGUCAUGAUCUACAGAUUCGUGACCCGCAAUUCCGUCGAGGAACGAGUCACGCAAGUGGCAAAACGUAAGAUGAUGCUGACACAUUUGGUCGUGAGACCCGGCAUGGGUGGUAAAGGCGCCAACUUCAGCAAACAAGAACUCGACGACAUCUUGCGAUUCGGUACCGAGGAGUUGUUCAAAGAGGAAGAAGGCAAAGAGGAUGAAGCUAUCCACUAUGAUGAUAAAGCUGUGGCUGAACUGCUAGACAGAAGCAAGGAAGGCAUUGAGCAGAAAGAAAAUUGGGCCAACGAGUAUUUGAGUUCGUUCAAAGUGGCGUCGUACGUAACAAAGGAAGGCGAAACAGAAGAGGAAGCCGAUACGGAGAUUAUCAAACAGGAAGCUGAAAAUACAGAUCCGGCUUACUGGAUCAAACUACUGAGACAUCACUACGAACAGCAACAGGAAGACAUUGCCAGAACGCUUGGAAAAGGUAAGCGAAUACGUAAGCAAGUGAACUAUAACGAUGGAGGAGUGACUGGAGACCAGAAUACGAGGGACGAUCAACCAUGGCAGGAGAAUCUUUCUGAUUAUAACAGCGACUUCAGUGCUCCUAGCGACGAUGACAAAGAAGAUGACGACUUCGAUGAAAAGGGUGACGGUGAUUUAUUGUCUCGCAGGAGCAGACGAAGAUUAGAGAGGAGAGACGAAAAGGAUCGACCUCUUCCUCCACUGCUAGCCAGAGUUAAUGGAAAUAUUGAAGUAUUAGGUUUCAACGCCAGACAAAGGAAAGCAUUCCUGAAUGCAAUCAUGCGUUAUGGUAUGCCACCACAGGACGCGUUUAACUCUCAAUGGCUGGUACGAGACCUGAGAGGCAAGUCGGAAAAAAAUUUCAAGGCCUAUGUUUCCCUGUUUAUGCGACACUUGUGCGAACCAGGCGCGGAUAAUGCUGAAACAUUCGCUGACGGUGUUCCGAGAGAAGGUCUUAGCAGACAGCAUGUUUUAACAAGAAUUGGUGUAAUGUCUUUGAUAAGGAAAAAGGUGCAAGAAUUCGAACACAUAAACGGAUACUACUCGAUGCCUGAGAUGAUUCGAAAACCAGUGGAACCAGUGAAAGUGGAUGGUGGUGGAGACGGAGCAACUGGAACCAGCAGUACCAGUGCAACGCCAGCUACUUCCAACGCACCUAGCCCGAGUCCUGCUGCGACUCCGAUCCCAACUGCAGCCACCGGGAACACAAAUACUGACUCCAACAAAUCGAAUUCAGACGUGACGGAAGUGAAAGAAUGCAAGGAGGAACCAAAAGAUAAAGAAAGCGUCGAUACGAAGGACGUGAAGGAAGAACCAAAGGACUCAAAGGAGGAGGAAGAAAGUAAUGCGGAAAGAGAUAAAGAAAACGAGGACGUGAAGAAGGAAGAGAAGGAUACAGAGACAGAGACAUUGGACAAAGAGAAGGAUAAAGCUGAUGUUAAAGAUGAAAAAUCAGUAACAAAACACGACGAGAAGCUAGAUAAUUCCGAAAACAAAGCGAAGCAAGAUUCCGAGGAAGAUGUUGUUAUCGUUAAAGACGACGAGGAAGAAACUGAAAAACGAGAGGAGAAAGACAGCAAAGAUAAGGACAUAAAAGAUUGCGACUCUGAGACCAUAAAGCCUAAGCGUAAGUUCAUGUUCAACAUAGCCGAUGGUGGUUUCACUGAAUUGCACACAUUGUGGUUAAAUGAAGAAAAAGCCGCAGUACCUGGUCGUGAAUAUGAGAUCUGGCAUCGGAGACACGACUAUUGGCUACUGGCUGGUAUUGUUACGCAUGGUUAUGGACGUUGGCAGGAUAUUCAGAAUGACAUCAGGUUCGCGAUAAUAAACGAACCAUUUAAAAUGGACGUUGGUAAGGGUAACUUUUUGGAAAUAAAAAAUAAAUUCCUAGCUCGGCGUUUCAAACUGUUGGAACAGGCGUUAGUGAUAGAAGAGCAAUUGAGAAGAGCAGCGUACCUGAAUUUAACGCAGGAUCCGAACCAUCCUGCGAUGAGCCUGAAUGCAAGAUUUGCCGAAGUUGAGUGCCUUGCAGAGUCACAUCAACACCUUAGUAAAGAAAGUCUUGCUGGGAACAAACCAGCGAACGCUGUAUUGCAUAAAGUACUAAAUCAAUUGGAGGAACUGCUGUCCGACAUGAAGUCUGACGUGAGCCGUUUGCCAGCCACGUUAGCUCGCAUUCCGCCUGUAGCUCAAAGACUUCAAAUGUCGGAGAGAUCGAUAUUGAGCCGACUGGCGGCAACCGCGCCAGGCGGAAGCAGUUCCCAGUCUGGUCAAGCAGCUCUACUGGCGCAACAGUUUCCAGCGGGCUUCUCCGGUGGACAGUUGCCAGCGACGUUCGCCGGUGCGGCCAAUUUCGGGAAUUUUAGACCACAAUACUCAGUACCGGGUCAACCACCACAGGGAUUCACAGCUUGAACAGCAAACGGUUGACAAACAGUGGCUCAAUCGAGAACUUAUAACGGCGCGGAUUAACGCUGUCUAC